UUUUUAGGAAACGUAUUAAAAAAAAAAUACAAACUUUUAAGCUUUUGUUAAAAUAAAACUAGAAAUAAAAAAAAGUGUCAAUUGUAAAGAAUUCCUAAACGUGACUUUGCAUCGCCUUUAGGUAUAAAAAGUCUUACAAGUAUUUAAAUCACUUUAAAAAAGGUAAUUACGUUCCUAUUUUUACUUUGAUUGUAUUUAUUAGUUAAUUUCUCACCCAUAAAUUUUCGACUGCUUUCGACAGUAAGUUCCUCUGUAAACUAAAGAUUUUGCAGCAUUUUAUUGAUAUUUUAUACUAAUUUUAUUAUCACUGCGAUACUUAUCUUAUUUAUCGAUUCAUCGCUUCUUUUGAAUAAAAUUUUGAUAGACAAACACAAAAUUAAGUUGAAAUUCAAUCAAGUUCAGUGUGAAGAACACACUCGAUGAACUUGGUGUGUGUUCCAAAUUUAAUUAGUUUUCUUGUCAAUAUUGUCUGAUAGUCUCAGUUUUUAUCACUUAAACAUUUUGAUAACCAAAUCAAAGUGAGACUACCUGCUGCGAUGUUUGCAGAGAAGACCUUAAUGGUCUUUGUUUUACGCAUUUUUUUGACUAACAUCCUUUUGCAAGCUAUACCUCUUCCUGAUGAUAAUGCUGAUGUGGACACAGUUAAAAUUAUGUUCUUUUAUGGACCCAAAUUCGAAAAUUAUACAGAAUACAAUUUGACCGAUGCAGCUUCUCUUCUAAAAGAUCCAAAAUUCAUUCACAAUCAAACCCAUUUGUACAUGACAGGAUAUAGGACGUGGGAAGAAAGUCCAGCUGUAAUUGUCAUGGCUGAAUCGUAUUUAAAAAGAAAUAAUACCAAUUUUUUAAAUCUCGAAUGGGGUAAAAUGGCCGCUGGAACUUAUAUUUCAGCUCAAAUAAAUAUCUUGAAGCUUUCUCCAUAUGUUGCUGAUUUUAUAAUCGAUCUCUUCAAAUUGGGACUUCCACAAGAUUCAUUUACAAUGUCUGGAACGUCAAUUGGAGGUCGUGGUGCUGGGUUAUUUGGUCGAGAUGUUAUUGAAAGAAGUAAUGGAACAAUGAUAGUAUCAAGAAUUUCACCAUUUGAUCCAUCGAAUGAAGAAGCUCAUGAUGAAUUUAUUUUACCAGAUAUUGACAAGUCGUAUGCUAAGUUUGUUGAUGUUCAUUAUAGUGAUGCUGGUGGUGUAGGAACAGAAAAACUCAUGGGACAUGUACAUUUUUGGCCUAAUAAUGGAACUAGGUUUCAACCAGGAUGUCCAUCAGAUGGAACUGAAUGUUAGACAUUUCUUUGGAAGAUUCCAGAAAAAGCUUAUAAUUUAUUUUGUUAUAGAUAAAUGCAGUCAUAGAAAAGCAACAGUAAUGUGGGCUGAAAGUGUAGCUAGAGGAAAAUCAGAUCCAAUUUUAGCAUAUCCUUCAGGAAGUUAUGCUGGAUUGUU